GCAUGCUCUCUCGCAAUAGAAAAUGGGAAAAAGCACCACUGCUUUCAUUAAAUUUCUUUUAUUAGUUCUUACAGUUCUAUGUGGAACUUUGUCCAUUGAAACCAUUAAGCCGGUGUCCUGCCUUGGCCAUCUUGAUCACCAUCAUGUUGGCUGCAUAGAUAUCGAGAAAAAAGCGCUUCUCAAGUUCAAACAACGCGUAACAGGCCCUUCAGGCCGGCUCUCAUCUUGGGAUGUAGGAGAAGAUUGUUGCCAAUGGAGAGGAAUAAGGUGCAACAACGCGACGGGACGAGUGGUGGAAAUCAAACUUGGCAAUCCUCAUCAACCAGAGAAUGCAUUAAGUGGUGAGGUCAACUCGGCUUUGCUCGCUUUGAAGGACUUGAAUCACUUAGACUUGAGCAUGAACAACUUCAAUGGUUACCCGAUUCCAUACUUCAUUGGAUCACUAGAGAAUCUGAGGUACCUCAAUCUUUCUGGCGCAUCCUUUGGAGGAACUAUUCCUCCAAGCCUUGGCAACCUAUCAAGAUUGAACUAUCUUGAUCUCAAAAAUGUCUACUUUUCGUCGGAGGAAAGUGACCUCAACUGGCUUUCUGGUCUUUCUUCUCUAAAGUAUCUUGAUUUGGGAGGUUGGAACCUGGCAAAGGCUGCAACAAAUUGGCUUCAAACUGUUAAUAUGCUCCCUCAACUUUUGGAGCUGCACUUGUCCGGUUGCGAUCUUUCAAACGCUCCUUUCACUCUUCCUUUCAUCAAUUUCACAUCUCUUUUGGUGCUUGAUCUCUCAAACAAUGGCUUCAAAACCAAAAUACCUCAAUGGCUAUUCAAUCUCAGAAGUCUGACUCAUCUUGAUCUCAGCUCCAACAACUUCCAAGAAGCACUUCCCGAAGCGAUUGCUAAUUUGGCUUCGCUGCAGAAGCUUGACUUGUCAGAGAACAACAUAGGAGGUCAGUUGCCAAGGAACUUGGGAAAGCUAUGCACUUUGCAGAGUUUGAAGCUUUCUGGAAACCAAUUCGUCGGUGAAAUAACCGAUUUCACCAACAAUUUUUCCAGGUGCUCCAACAACAGCUUGGAGACAUUAGAUUUGGGAUACAAUCGAUUCACGGGAAAUCUGUCUGAUUCUUUAGGAUUUUUUGAAAGCCUGAAAUAUCUUCAGCUAUGGAAGAACUCUUUUCAAGGUUCGAUCCCGGAGUCCAUCGGAAACUUAUCAUCCAUUCAAGAACUUUUCUUGUCAUAUAAUCAAAUGAGUGGCGGGAUUCCUAAAAGUCUGGGGCAGCUCAAAACACUGCGUGUGUUAGAAAUGAGUGAGAACAAUUGGGAAGGUGUCAUAACUGAAGACCGUUUGGUGAAUCUUUCAAGCUUGGAGGAGGUAAAAAUCUAUAAAGACUCCCCAAAUAUUUCCUUGGUUUUCGACAUUAGUUCUAAUUGGGUACCUCCAUUUAGACUCACAUACAUUGAAAUUAGAUCUUGCCAACUGGGUCCCAAAUUUCCUCAGUGGCUUAAAAAUCAAAGUCAUUUGACCACGGUGAUACUCAAUAAUGCUAGGAUUUCAGAGGCCAUACCAAACUGGUUUUGGCAACUGAAUUUGGAGCUAAACAAACUAGAUGUUUCUUAUAAUCAAAUAAGCGGUAGGGUGCCAAACUCAUUAAGGUUUAGCGACAUUUCCACUGUCGACUUGAGUUCCAACCGCUAUGAGGGUCCUCUACCCCUCUGGUCACCAAACCUUACCAAACUCUAUUUGAGGGACAAUCAUUUUUCUGGUCCAAUUCCUCCCAACAUUGGUGAAGUAAUGCCCAUGCUUACAGAUUUAGACAUCUCUAGGAACUCUCUAAGUGGUAGAAUUCCCUUGUCAAUUGGUAAGCUGACUAACUUGAACACCUUGGUAAUCUCAAACAACCAAUUAACUGGUGAAAUUCCUUGUUUCUGGGACAACAUGCCAUUCUUGUACAUAGUUGACAUGUCAAAUAACAGUCUUUCCGGUACUAUUCCAAGAUCAAUGGGCUCUCUUCAGUUCAUCGAGUUCUUGAUAUUGUCGAAGAACAAUCUCUCAGGUGAACUUCCUUCCUUGAACUGCACCCACAUGGUUAGUCUCGAUCUCGGAGAGAAUAAGCUUUCUAGCAAUCUUCUAACUUGGAUGGGAGAAAGCACGGCCUCUUUGAUGAUUUUACGGUUGCGUUCCAACUUCUUCACCGGAGGCAUUCCUCCACAACUGUGUGGCCUUUCCAAUCUUCAUAUAUUGGACCUCUCACACAACAAUCUCUCUGGUCAUAUACCCCAUUGCAUUGGCAAUCUGAGUGGCUUGAAGUCUAGAUUAACAGAGGCAGAUACAGCACAAUACCAAGGACGCUUGGAAAUAGUGGCCAAAGGAAGAGUGCUAGAAUAUUACUCCACUCUAUACCUUGUCAACAGUUUUGAUCUCUCAUACAACAACUUAUCAGGAGAGAUUCCUACGGAGUUAACAAGCCUAAUACAAGUAGGCACACUCAAUUUGUCUAUGAAUCGUUUGACAGGCACGAUACCACCCAAGAUCGGAAACCUUAAAAGGCUUGAAACUCUUGAUCUCUCCAUGAACAACCUCUCCGGCCCUAUUCCACAGACCAUGUCUUCUUUAACAUUUUUGAAUCAUUUGAACCUCUCAUACAACAACUUGUCAGGAAAAAUCCCAAGCACCACUCAGUUUCAGACCCUUGGUGACCCCUCCAUAUAUCAAGGAAAUGCAGGUCUCUGUGGGGACCCUUUACCAAAAAAAUGUGAUGGUAGUGACCAAAAGUCUGAUAGUCCUGGAGAAGAUGAAGAAGACAAGGAUGGUGGUGAUGGAGGUGCCAUGGAAAAGCUAGGCUUGAUUAUCAGCGUGGUGAUUGGUUUCUUUGUGGGAUUUUGGGGAGUUUGUGGAACUUUGAUUGUCAAGCAGUCUUGGAGAGAGGCCUAUUUUGGGUUUGUUGAGAGAGUGAAGAACAGAGUGGCUGUGGUUUUUAUGUUUGUCAAAGAGAAAGCACCUUGGAAUUAUUAAGAAGGCAGAGAACAUCUGCAAGCAUGUGUACUAAAACUAGGAUUUCGAUCCAUAUAUAUGAAAUA